GACCCUGACUGAGCUCCAGGCCUCUGUUGUGCCAGGCCCUGCAUCAGCACCAAGUGAAAUCAGGCUCUCAUUGUGCCAGAUGCUGCAGAGACAGCAAACAAAAUCAGGGACCUUGUUCCUGGAGCUGCAGAGACCCUAAGUGAGAUCUGGGCCCUGUUCUGCCAGGCUACAGAAUAACGUCCACGUUUGCUCCAGAUCAUCCCAUCCUCCCAGGGGGAAGGAAAUGGCUGCAAUGGAGCUGGCUCAGGGGCUGGUGACUUUCGAGGAGGUGGCUGUAUAUUUCACCAAGGAGGAAUGGGCACUGCUGGACCUCACUCAGAGAGCCCUCUACAGAGAUGUCAUGCAGGAGAACUAUGAGACGGUGAUCUUGCUGAGGUUUCCGGUUACCAAACCUGAUGUGAUCUUGCAGCUAGAACAAGGGGAAGAGCCAUGGGUCCCGGACCUCCAGGACUCUGAGAAAGAAGUGCUCCCGAGAGCUGCCUGCACAGGGAGUGACCUAUGUCUGGAUUCGCUCUGUCUCCCAUCAGGUGAUGGGACUGUGAGUCAGAAUGAGGAGGAGAAACCCCAUCAGGAAGAUGCUGAGCAAGUAAAACCACAUGGAACGUUAUCAGGAAGAUUGAAAGGGAAUGUUUCCAGGAGUUGUGCACUCCAAGAAAAAGCAGAAGUCUGUGAGUCUGAGGAGAGGCCAGAGGAAAACUUUAGUAGCCACUCAGACCUUAUAACACGUGACAGAAUCAACUUGGAAGAGACAUGCUACAUAUGUCAUGAGUGCGGGAAGAGCUUUAGUCGGAGCUCUACUUUGAUCACACAUUGUAGAAUUCACACAGGAGAGAAGCCCUACACAUGCUCUGAGUGUGGGAAAAGCUUCAAUCAAGGCUUACAGCUUAUCACACAUAGGAGAAUCCACGUGGGUGAGAAACCUUAUGGAUGCUCUGAGUGUGGGAAAUGUUUCAGUCAUCGUUCAGGCCUCAUCUUACAUCAGAGAAUCCACACAGGGGAGACGCCCUACACGUGCGUUGAGUGUGGGAAAAGCUUUAGUCGGAACUCCCACCUUAUCAGACAUCAGAGAAUCCACACCGGGGAGAAGCCCUACAUAUGCACUGAGUGUGGGAAAAGCUUCAAUCAGAGCUCUGCCCUGAUCACACAUCGUAGAAUCCACGCAAGAGAGAUGCCCUACACAUGUUCUGAGUGCGGGAAAAGCGUCAGUCACAUCUCUGCCCUGAUCACACAUCAGAGAAUCCACACUGGGGAGAAGCCCUACACAUGCUCUCAGUGUGGGAAAAGCUUUAGUCGGAACUCCCACCUUAUCAGACAUCAGAGAAUCCACACCGGGGAGAAGCCCUACGUAUGCACUGAGUGUGGGAAAAGCUUCAAUCAGAGCUCCAACCUUAUCACACAUUGUAGAAUCCACAUGGGAGAGACACCCUACAUGCGUGCUGAGUGUGGGAAAAGCUUCAGUCAUUGCUCUGCUCUUACCACACAUUGUAGAAGCCACACAGGAGAAAGGCCCUACAUAUGUUCUGAGUGUGGGAAAAGCUUCAAUCAGAGCUCACACCUUAUCACACAUAGGAGAAUCCACGUGGGUGAGAAACCUUAUCGAUGCUCUGAGUGUGGGAAAUGUUUCAGUCAUCGUUCAGGCCUCAUCUUACAUCAGAGAAUCCACACAGGGGAGAUGCCCUAUACAUGUGUUGAGUGCGGGAAAAACUUCAAUUGCAGCUCACACCUUUUCAGACAUCAGAGAAUCCACACUGAGAAGACCUACACGUGCACUGUGUGUGGAAAAAGCUUUAGUCGGAAUUCACACCUUGUCAGACAUCAGAGAAUCCACACCAGGGAAAAGCCCUACACAUCCACUGAGUGUGGGAAAAGCUUCAAUCAGAGCUCCAACCUUGUCACACAUCAGAGAAUCCACACAGAGGAGACACCCUACACGUGCUCUGAGCGUGGGAAAAGCUUCAAUCGGAGCUCCAACCUUAUCACACAUCGUACAAUCCACAUGGGAGAGAAACCCUACACAUGCUCUGAGUGCGGCAAAAGCUUCAAUCAGAGCUCUGCCCUGAUCACACAUCAUAGAACCCACACAGGAGAGAUGCCCUACACAUGUUCUGACUGUGGGAAAAGCGUCAGUCACAUCUCUGCCCUGAUCACACAUCAGAGAAUCCACACUGGGGAGAAGCCCUACACGUGCACUGAGUGCGGGAAAAGCUUUAGUCGGAACUCCCACCUUAUCAGACAUGAGAGAAUCCACACCGGGGAGAAGCCCUACACAUGCAUUGAGUGUGGGAAAAGCUUCAAUCAGAGCUCCAACCUUAUCACACAUCAGAGAAUCCACAUGGGAGAGAAACCCUACACAUGCGCUGAGUGCGGGAAAAGCUUCAGUCAGCGCUCAAGCCUUAUUAGAUAUCAGAAAAUCCACAUGAGAGAGAAUUGUAAUAAAUCUCUUGACUAGGGCUGGCCAAAAAAUUUUUUUAAAAAAAAUCACAUUUGCUAAUUCCCACAUAGUGAUUUUUGCACCAUCUUCACCAUGGUCUCUCAGCUCUGCCAGAUAAGUUGCCUGCUUCUACCUUUUUCAGCUCACCCUUCUUUGGGGUCAGUCUUAUGAUCUUUUCUAUCAAGUCCUUUCCUUUUGAGUCAUAGGAGUGUGUGUCCCUCUAGCCAGGAAUGUUCAUCACCUCCAGGUGGAGGAAUGAUUUGAUCCCAACAAGGUACACUGAGGCAAAAACUACCUGUGCCUUACAUCCCCUAGGACUGUACAUGGUGUUGGCUGCUCAAGUUAGUGAUCUUGGUGUAAAAAGUUGUAGUACAGAUGCAGCCCAGGUGCAGUGGUUUGCAUUAGCUUUCCUCUUGUCUUGACCUAAACUCCAUCACUUCCUAGUCUAAACAAACCCUGAGCAUCACGGUUAUACUGUUCCCCCAUUUCAAAGCAAUUGUUAGUCAUCAAGUUCUCCCUUGGGGAACAAAUUGUUUCAUUCCCAGUUGCUCUGAUGUUGCUUCAGGUUGUGCUGGGGAGCAGACAUUUUUGCUACUAUUUUCCUCACUUAAAAUAUAUUGAACUAUAACAAAGGGCAGGGAUAGGGAAAAGCAUCAUUUCACCCACUGUAACAACAGACAUAGUUAGGGCAAGUCAGAAGGAUUCCCUUAUUCCUCAUCACCAUCCCAACGCCCCUGUUGUUCAGUUGGUUAGGUCAAUAUUUUUUCUAAAAGGAUGGGAAGAGGAUGACUUGUAAAUGACUUGUAACUCAGCAAAAUACCCAUGCAUUGGGCUCCCAAAGCAGUUGUGGCCCAGGCCGUGCAGGAGGUUGCUCCUGAAGAUAUCUCCGUCCUAAUCAGAUGCAUGUUGCCUAUUAUUUGGCAAAUGCAAUCCCUAUCUAGGUAGAGAUGUGAAAAAUGGAAGUGACGUUUCUGUUCAGCUCAUCCUAGGAGAUGCUGCAAAUGUGUAGAAAAUGGAAUCUGUGUUGACUGUGAUAUAGCUGCAGAAAGAUACCUAUUUUUAAUAGAUACCUGACAUUGUUGUCUUGCAGGGAUUCUAAACCAUAUCUGAAUUUAGUCCCCAAUUUAAAUCUGUGGUACCAGAUUAAAGAAAUCAAAGGGCAUAUUUGGGGGAGUUAUACUUCACUGUCGCUACUUCUGUGUUGUGUGCUUGGUGAAGAAUUCUACACCAGAGACUUGGAGUAAUUUUAUACUUAAGGUCAAAGAUUUGACAAGAACUCAGGUAGAAAUUGCAGGUAGUGGUGGUUGAUUUUCACCCCAGAGAUGGAAGCUCUGGUGACCUGUUUCCCAGGUAAACUCUCUUUAGAACCCUGCUCCCUAGUUAAGUGGCAUUGAUCACACUCCUAAAGGCGCCAUGAUGAAAUUGGGAACAGCUGUCUUUUACCAUUUGGCUCCAAAGUUAGAUGAAGCACAGAGAGAAGCAACUGAUUCCUUCAGAGCCAUUCCAUGCCUAUGGGUCCCAAUCUGGCUGCCGUGGACAAGAAGCACUUCCAUGCUGGACAAAUGAUGGUAGCCAAUGGGGGAUGUUAGAAGAAGGAGCAGGCUGACCCAGAGGCGGAUUUGAGUGGAUGGGCUUCUUUAUUGCAGUACUUGUUCCCCUGGACCCAAUUGUCCAGUAAGCACUGAAUUAGUUCAGCGCACACUUUUUUUUUUUUAGGUUAGAAUGUACACGCCUGCAUUCAUUACAACACCCCAAAAACCCUUAUUAAGUAAUAGAAACACUCACUGUUAGUAAACCCACCUCUAUCUAUUGCUCAUAGCAUUACACAUACUUUUACCUUGGAAAAACAUUUCUUUGCAACAAUUUGUUGCCAUAAAUCUUUCUCCUCAGCAAUUUCCAGGUGAGAGAGGAAGGGGCUGUGAACAGUUCUCAACGGAUGCAGGGGAAGGAGCCCUAAGCCCAGGCUGGUUCAUGUAGCUGGGAAGGGGAGGGAGGGGAAGAUAACAUUCCUUUUACUUUCUUCUACACAAAGGGCAUUUUUCUGCAGCCGCAUCUUUAUGAGCAACAGAGAAGGGAAAAAUCUGGCAACUUACAUUUUAAACAAAGAAAUACUGAAAAAUUUGCACCUUAAAUAUUAGAAACGAGAAUAUUGCCUACAUAUUCCUUUGUCCACUAAUACCUUGUGAGCACAUUAGCAUCUUAUUGUUAUACUUAACCCUAAAAUAUCUCAACAAGGGAAUGUAUCAGAUUCCAAGUUCAGACUGCAGGAUACAUGAAUGCUGAGUCCUGACUCUGGUUUGGUCUCUUAGUUUUGCUCUUGAGUCUUAUGCAUUUGAAUCACUUUUCCACCUCCUGCUACUCUGAAAGAUUAGAAAGUGU